AUGUGGAGAAGCAGUGAUAUGGAGCUGAGCAUCCGCACUGAAUUAGGGGUCAGGCUCAAGCCAGGUUUCUACUUGCUGACCGAAAAAGCAGAGGUGUUCAGGCAGAUGGUUGAUUACAAUGUGUCUUGGGGUGGAUGUCCUUGUGUUUAUCUUGCUUGGAUCCUUCAGGGUCUUGGAUUUGAGCAGUUAUGUCUUUCUUCAAAUUUGGCGAGCACCCAAGGAGGUCUGCUGAUUGGUCAGGCCCCAAAAUCUUUGUCUCUAUCUUGGACUCCAGCAGCCUUGAAGAUGCAACUCACAACUUCUCUUUCCAGGAAGACCCACAGGACCCCUGCCCUGUCCAGCAUAUGCUCAACUCUGGUCCUCCAGCCGUGUGCCACCCUUGACCCUGUCCUCAUUCCAUUGCAGGGUCCUGAGGCUUCUGACCAGGACUCAGUUUCUGCCUCCUCAGAGUGGCAGCGGAAGCUGGAAGCCGCUGAGGCUCUGCUGAUGCUGAGAAACUCUUCUCAGACAUCUUCUGGCUCCAUCUCCCUGCUCCAGCCCUGCGUGGCAGCAGCUCCUGCUGGAGAUGAAGGACCCCAGCCUUCUAGCUCCUCUCUCCGACCCAGGCCAGCCAGCUCCGUUUCUCUGCCUAUUGGACAUCUGGGGUUUAUCUCCCUCUUGAGCUAG